AUGAUGGUUGUAUUGUUCCUCGAAAUCAAUUUCGGUAGCGGCGACGCAUACGUGAAACUCGAUGCUCUCAUGAUUAUGGUUUGCACCGUUCUCUCUGUGUUAAAACUGUUGUCCUUCCGCUUGUACGCCGACAAUCUGAUUCGCAAUUUCUCGUCUGCUGUGAACGAUUAUCUCGCGAUCGACACCGAGGAGAAGCGCACGAUCAUGCGGCGGCACGCUUUCAUGGGAAGGAUGAUUUGCUACAGUAUCAUAGGUUUCUCUUAUGUGGCUUCGUCAAUUUUCAUGCUGAUGCCUAUGAUAACAGGCGAGAAGGAAGGAGACGUCCACGUUAAUGCAUCUGUCAAGAGCCAAGCAGCGGAAUUACCCGUGCCUUUAACAUGGGCCUUAGGGGAUCUUCAUAUCUCUACGAGUUUAUAUUUGUUGAUCACUAUGGUGCAAUGUGUUCUAUUGGUGCUUAACAGCACUAGCGAUUUAGGCGGCGAUUCACUUUUCCUCGCAAUCACUCUCCAUGUUUGCGGACAAAUGGAGCUCCUAAAAAUCGAAUUUAUCAACUACGGCAUGAAGAGCAAAAAUAUGAAUAAAGAUUUUGAAAAAUUGGCAUCUAGACAUCAUUAUCUAAUAAAGCACGCGAAACUUUUGGUAGAUGUAAUAAGUUUCGUCCUGUUCGUGCAACUGCUGCUCAGUUGUCUUAUUAUUUGCCUGAUCGGUUUCCAACUUAUCUUGGCAUUGAAAAUGCAUGAUGCAGUAAUGAUAACUAAAACUAUAACAGUGUUGAGCACUUUGCUGUUACAGUUGUUCUUUUAUAGUUUCGUGGGCGAUUAUAUGAAAUGUAAAAUGGAAGAAGUCGCGCAUUCGAUUUAUAGCUGCAAUUGGCAUUGCUUGCCAAUAAAAUUAAUGAGAAAUGUUUUGUUCGUUAUUAUGCGGUCGCAGCAUCCUGUUCAGCUAUUAGCUGGCAGAUAUUUCGUCGUAAACAUCGGGACUUUCAUGACCAUAUUAAAAAGCUCUCUUUCAUACUUGUCCGUCCUGCGAGUGAUGUUGGACGCAUAA